GGAAAUUAUUCUCUUGUAAUAGACAUACGUACCUACGUUUCGUACGAAAAAAAAGAAGAAGGUGUAUCUAAAAAUUAAAUGCCACUUUUUGAAAGACAUACAAAGGCGAAUGAAUCAAACUCAGUAAUACAGACAACUUUUCAUUGAGCUGAGUAGUUUAUGUAAACUAGAUAGAUCUGCUAAGAUGUUUAGCAGCGUGAAACAAGCCGUUUCAAGUGAUCAGGUACUAAUGUCCCUGAAACGAGUGGUAGGACGUCAGGGCGAAAGCUUCGGAAAAAGCAGUCAUGUAGUGUCAGGGCAGACAAAUCUCACAACGGGUGAAAAUUUAUCCAAUUCAUCAAUGUCACUUAGUUGCUCUGAUCCAAAUUUCUCUACGAUUAAUUUGGAGGGUACUGACAACAGACGACAAUCUUGUUUUUCGAUACCGGCCACCAAACCCAAAAUAUCGUCGUGGGAUGCAGGGUGGAAUGUUACAAAUUCGAUUCAGGGAAUGUUCGUACUUGGUCUGCCAUAUGCUAUUAUGCACGGAGGAUACAUUGGGUUACUUCUCAUCGUUUUGACCGCUGUCAUUUGCUACUAUACUGGACUUAUUCUUGUGGAGUGUUUAUACGAAAAAAAUGAAGAUGAAGAGAUUGUUCGGGUACGAGAAAAUUAUUUUGAUGUGGCUGCUGCAUGUUGGGGUCGACAUCUGGCAACAGUUGUCAACAUUGCUCAGCUGAUCGAGUUGUUGAUGACGUGCGUGCUGUAUAUCGUCGUAUCUGGAAAUAUGUUAGCAAGCAGUUUUCCUUCGGCCGGAAUUGGAGAAGCAGGAUGGUCAACAUUUGCCAUGCUUAUACUCGUGCCUUGCAUAUUUCUGAAGAAUUUACGUGUUGUUUCAAAGUUAAGUAUGGGAUGUACAAUAGCGCAGGCUGUUGUAGUAGUCAUAACUUUGAUCUAUUGCUUGUCGAAAAUACAAUAUUGGGCAUGGAGUAAGUUAACGUUCACAGUGAAUGCUAAGAAUUUCCCAGUAUCGAUCGGAGUCAUCGUAUUCAGUUACACAUCUCAAAUUUUCCUCCCAACACUCGAGGGCAGCAUGGAAUACAAAGGAAGUUUCAACAAAAUGCUUUAUUGGUCAUAUGGCGCUUCUUGUGGCAGCAAAUUUAUUUUCGCUUUAUUUUGUUUCUUAACUUGGUCACACGAAACGAAAGAGGUCAUAACCGACAAUCUUCCACAUGGUUUGCGAGUAAUUAUAAGCAUUGUUCUCGUUAUAAAAGCAUUGCUGUCCUACCCGCUACCUUAUUACGCAUCCGUGGAGACUUUUGAACAAAGCAUUUUUACUGGAGCAACAGGAGGGUUGGGGAGUUUAUUCAAAACCAAGGCACACCCGUAUGAUGACCUUUCCGGGAGUGAAAGCAUGGAUUUUCCAUCAAAUGAAUUAGAAGUGCAAACACCUAGCCAAACCAGAAACAUACACACAGAAAAGACCUCACUGAAAUCAAAGAUUGUUCUUGACAACAGCGAGCGAAGGCCUGGAUGGCUGCCAUCUUGUUACAAGCCGGAUGGAAAUCUACAAAUGUGGGCUUAUGGACUAAGGCUUCUAGUUGUGUUUGCUACGUAUCUCGUAGCGCUCUUCAUACCGCACUUUGCCUUGUUGAUGGGUCUUACAGGUAGUCUCACUGGAGCGUUAUUGGCAUUUAUUUUUCCUUCGGCUUUCUACUUGCAACUGCGAUGGAGAAUGUUGAGCCGGAGGCAGAUUUUGCUCAACGUCAGUAUAGUACUGGUGGGAUUCAUAUGUGGUGUUUCAGGAAUAUAUCAUUCGAUUCAAGGACUUUACGAGGCCUACCAUCCAGUGGAUAAUCACGUGUUCAUUUUCAACAAUUCAUCCUUUUUGAAUGGGUCGGAAAUUACGCCGAAUAUGUUCAACGCAACGACGAUAUCGCCAAUGAAGGAUCUUAUUCUAUUCAACGAGCCCGGCCCAUCUCCAGAUAUUGAUUGAAUCGAUUUUCAGUCAACUACGAACGCUACUCGACAUGUCUAUAAAUAUCCAAGCAUAAAAUGCUGAGCUGCUUCGAGCGCGAUAUUUUCUCGAGCACAUAGAGACCCUGAAUGCCGAACUGAUUUUACCUCUUAAAUUAUAACAUUUUCACAAGCAUUUUCUUCAGAAUAUCGCUUUUUUAUUAUUGAUCUUGCUCGUAUAUAUAUAUUAUCCAAAAAUUCAACAUAUGCCCUAGUCUAGUGCAAUGAAUUCUUAACCAUAAUUAUAAAAUUUGACACACACAACACCUGUCAUUUCUAUACUGUAUAUACACUUUAUUGCUGGUUGUUUUCUUUAUUUGAAGUGACAAAUAAAAUAACUCUGACUCAUUGGAAUAAGGAUGUUCCAUAUUGCCAAAACUAUAAAACAAAUUAUAUUAUUGCGGCACACACGGGCCUCACAACUGCCCUGCUGUUGGCAACCGAGCGUGGUGGCUUCGUCGAAGAUUAAAAUAUCGCACGACAGUGCACAUCAUGCCCACUUGAUUCUAUCAAAUCAAAGAUAUUGAUCGUCUGUAUAACUGUCAAGUACACAUCGAAAUCAACUGAAGUUUAUUAUCGCAGCUACAAACACAAAUUUUAACGAACUCAGGAGUUUCUCCACCGUUUCUCAGAGAGGGUCCCUUCCCGUAGAGAAAAAUUAGCCCAUCAGUAUUUUUUGAUGACAGUUGCUUGAUUUUGAAGACGAUUGCACGCACCACCGGAAAAAAAACUUAAAAAACGUUUUUGCGGCAAGGGUCCGGGGAACCAAAAGCGUGCAAAGUUAGCAAUCAACAAGCUCGAAAUGAAGCGAGGUCGCUGUUGAAGAUAGUUUGGGAAAUCAGCACAAGCACUGUAAUGCGUGCUUUCUAUGCCGUUGAUAAACUCACUCAUUUUUCAUAUCUCGACGCCUAUGUACUCCAUCCUAAAUGUAGAUAAUAAAUUUUAAAAUUAGCAAUUACUACAAUCGGACCCAGCAGCAGCAUGUUCACAAGUUUGUAAAGACAGGGUUUAUCAAAAACUAGUCAAAUGCUUUCAGUUUUCCAAGUUUAAUUUUUCUUAUUCAUAGAAUCUGAUCUCGGUCGCAUUAUAUAUAUUAAAACAAUGAAUGGAUAGUUCAGAACAUCUCGAAUUAUUCAGUUCUGGCGUUUAAAACAAAAUACAGAAUUUCCGAGAGAUUUGAUAUUCUUGGGACCCCGAUAUUCUUCAUAAUACUCAUCCGAUGGCAAAUUUAUCAUACGAUACACUAAGUAGUCUUUCCAUCUACCCAACGUCCGUUGGGGUGGGCAUUAAAUUAACUUCAACUUGCUUUGUACCUUUAGCACAAUAUGUCCAAUGUUGAGUGACCUGCAUAGGACACCUCAUAGUUUGAAACAUGAUGAACCACGCAUUAAAUUAACUUCAACUUGCUUUGUACCUUUAGCACAAUAUGUCCAAUGUUGAGUGACCUGCAUAGGACACCUCAUAGUUUGAAACAUGAUGAACCACGAACAUGAAAUGGUGAAAACAACUUUGCUAUCCCCGAUCAUUAGUAUAUAUUGGAAAUUGAUAUCUUGACCGGCCAAAAAUAGGAGACAAACUUAAAUGCAUCUGUUUAUUCUGUAUUAGUUGCUAAAAUCGAUGACAUUGUUAAACGUACAAGUUUUAUAUCACAUUUUAAUUAAAACAAGGAACGAAAUUAGUUAAUGAAAUCACGUGAAUGGCAUAGUACAGAAACAAAAGUGAAGGUAUCGUUGUUAAAACACACAACUAAGGCUAUCAAGAAUGUGGCCGGAAAUCUUCUGCUUCCUAAUACCUUCCUAAACUCUUCUUCGUCAUUAUUUGUCGAUUUCCGAGAAGUCCUCGCAAGCGGUUCGAAAGGUCACUAGAGCUAGCCGACGCGAAAUCGCGAGUUUCGAGAAGCUAAUCCUGCCUAUAGCUUCGAGGUUGUUCGAUUCUACGCAGAAGUACGAGGUUUGGUAUCCUCCGAAUCACUCACCGUUAAGUCAAUAAUUCCGCUUUGAAUGACUUUAGGCAUUGUGCGAGAUUUUUUUGACGUAAUGAGGCCAUUUGCAGUAAAUUAUACCCCGAAUUCCCUGCAUUUCAUCGUCCACUUUGACGCAUUUUACGGUAGAUUGACAAAAGCAAAUUUCGUGUCCAAUGACUCUUCCUCAA